UGCAUAAAAUUUCACCGCCGUGAAAGAUAACGAGUGUUAAUAUCUAGAGCAUGUUUCAGUACGGGGUUAGUUAUAAAUCCGAUAUAAAGAGUUUGAGGUUUAUUCACCUACUGUAAUAUUGGAUAUGAAACGGACUGACCUUGGCUGACCGUUGUUAUAAAGAUCAGUUAUAAACAAUGUCUGGACGUACAGUGAUGCGGGCCAUCCGUGUUGCCAACUAUGGUGGACCAGAGGUGUUAAAGGUCGAUCCCAAAGUUCCAGUUCCUGUCCCUACUGAUACCCAGGUAUUAGUGGAAGUAAAAGCAGCGGGAGUGAAUCCUGUAGACACGUAUAUUCGUAGCGGUUCUUUCGGAACUACCGGCCCGCUGCCAUACACCCCGGGGGCAGAUGUUGCUGGAAUCGUAUCGAAGAUUGGGGCCAAAGUAACUAAGUUUAAGCCAGGUGAUAAUGUGUAUGUGAUAAGGAAUGUUUCCGGCGGGUAUGCGGAAUGCACGGUUGCUGAGGAGAAUAUGGUUGGGAAAUUACCGAGCCAUCUGAGUUUUUCCCAGGGUGCCGGUCUUGGUAUACCAUGCUAUUCGGCAGCUCGGGCCUACAUAAAAGCGAAAGGUAAAGUAAUGCAAGGAAACACCGUACUUGUGCAUGGAGCCAGUGGAGCGGUGGGUCUAGCCUGUGUCCAGAUAGGGAAGGCCAAGGGCCUAACUGUGCUUGGGACAGCCGGAACUAAAGAGGGUCUGGAUUUGGUUCUUAAACACGGAGCAGCCAACGCUUUCAACCAUAAGGAACAGGGCUACAUUGACAAAGUACUGGAAGCCACCAAUGGCGCGGGUCCAGAUAUCAUCAUUGAGAUGUUGGCUAACGUGAAUCUAGAUACAGACAUGAAAAUAGUCAACAAGGGAGGCAUCAUAGUGGUCGUUGGAAGCAGGGGCAAUGUAGAGAUCGCCCCACGUUUACUCAUGUUUAAGGAGUCAAUUGUCACUGGGUUUUCACUGGGAAAUGCCCCACCAGAAGAAUGGGUGGAAAUGCAUCAAGUGAUAUCAGAAGGACUUACUCAAGGCUGGCUCGUUCCCAGCGUCCAAAAGGAGUAUAAGCUGGAAGAGGCCUCGUUAGCACAUGAAGAAAUUAUCAACAAUUCUGGAACAACGGGCAAUAGGAUACUAAUUAUGCCUUUUGGAGAACGUGUGCAAUGCAUCUGAAAGGAGGAAAUGCACCUAUGCACUUGGUAUGCGAAUCAGUAAAAGUAAUACUGUAUGCAGCUUCACAUCUAGAUCUGGAUUCCAUUACACAAACCCACAAACAUGUUCAUACAAACAAGAUUGAACUAUGUAUAUUUCCGGCUUACCAAAGUAUUCAACUGCCUUAAUAGGUUCUUAAAAAAUAUAUAAUCCAAUUUAAUUUAAUUUUAAUCAUAAGUUUUAUAAUUUAUAACUAAAAUCAGCUUCAUUAUUAUUUCUGGGAUGAGUUAAGUUGCAAGCUACAUUUCUCUGUUUCCACACCAAAGCCAAAUGCAUUUUGCGAUGCCGUUCAGAAUCCUAGCUGUUCUUUCCAUGCAAUGAGCACUAACAAAUUUAUCUGAACGUAUCUGUAUCUGAAUAUUGUUUCUUGGGUUACACACAAAUA